GAGUUACAAAAUGGUAAACAUCGAAAUUUCUUAGACCUUAUUGAUGUGGCAAUAUUCGACUUCCUGAUAGUAAAUUAUGAUCGACAUCACUAUACAUUGCUAAGUAUGUUCAAGAAUGAAAGCUUUGUCGCCUUGCUGGAUAAUGGAAAAGGCUUUGGAAACCCUAAUAAGGAUGAUAUCACAUUCUUAGCUCCAGUAUAUCAGUGUUGCAAAGUCCGGCGGUCAACAUACUAUAGGCUGAAGGAGCUUUCCCAAGAAAACAGUAAACUCAGCACAUUGAUGCGCUCAUCCAUGUCCCAUGAUGCAAUUUCGCCAAUCAUUAGUGAAAAAUUCCUAACUGCACUUGAUCGGAGACUUAAAAAAGUACUAGAAACCAUACAAACUUGUUUCAUGGACAACAGUGAAGACAAAGUGCUUAUGGGUGCCUAGCAACAUGUAAACAUGCCAUUUGAAAAAGGUCUGAUUAGUUCAAUAUUCUACUGUUUUAUGUUGCAGUACCUUUUGUUUGUACAGUUGUAUAUUUUUAGCCAUCAGUACUCAAGCCAACGAUAAUGAAAAAAAAAAAUCACCUUGAGCUCAACAUUAUAGUGACUGACCGGGAGGCAGUGUGUGGCAUGAAGUGUUCAUGACAUACAACCAGUGCAAUGUACAUGCUCACUGUAAUGCAGUACUUACCACACAACCAUUGUAAUGCAAAUGCUACAUAGCCACCAAUUUAGAGCAUGCCAUUCAUCCCCUGUAAAGUUGCGGGGGCUUCCCACCAAGCUGAUGCUACACAACCACCUUACACCUGGAAUGUAGUAGCUACCUAUCUACAGUAAUACGUGCUACCUUACAACUGAAAUGAAUCUGAUGCUACACAUCAACUGCCCUUUGGUGCAUACCAUGCAACUGCUACAAAUACAGCAAAUGCCAUAUGCCACACAUGUAAAGGAUGCCACCAUCUGUUAUGUAGCACAUGCCAACAACUAUAGUAAUUGCCACACACCAGUUGCCAUGUAGCAUAUUCCUGGAGUUUAAAUGUUCAUCUCAUAACCGUACUUGGUUGUUUUAAUGACCUGAAGAUAAGAAAUCUCAAGCCAUGUAGAGUAUGUUAAGUGGUGCUUAGGUGGGAUUUUUUUUUAUGCUAUGUUUUGCGAACUUAA